CAUCGUCGCGAUCCGUGAUGUAAACAAUGCACAUGACCAAAGUCUCCUGUUUACUCUUAGUGUUACUGUGUUGUGAACUGUGUUCAUCAAUAAAGGUCCCAGUCACAUGGGAAGAAAGUGCUUCGAGUGAAGUGAAUAAUGAACCAAUCAAAGAAUCAGUGGAGAUAAUCGUACCACAAAAUGUGCCCGCCAAAAAACCAUCGUAUUACAAGCCAGUCCCCAUCGAGUACUUUCAAUAUACUGCGCAAAAACCUAAGUUUGCCGCUGAUAUUGCCGCCUUCCAUGGAGUUAAAAAUCCUCAAGACCAUUAUAAAGCCUAUCCAGUGACACCGUUUACGGAAAAACAAAAACCUGUGUUAGGAGUUCAUCAAAUCCUAGAUGAAAAGAAUACUGUUUUUCAACCUUUUCAAAAUUAUGUCCAACAAAAUGGUCCUUUGCAAAGUUAUGUGACGCCAACUGCAAGUAAUUAUGAGGUAUUUCAUCCCUACCAUGCAGAAGAACCAGCAUUAGAAGCGAUUUACAAAGAUCCAGUGCUUACAAAAAUUAAGAAUGAUUUACAAGAUAGCAAAAACAGACUACAAACUUAUGAAAAAGAGGCUGGCGAACCUAAUAUUACUAAAGAUGAAUAUUUGGAAAGUCCAGAAAAAACUAACAGCAAACUGUUUUCGCCUCAAUAUAUACCUGCACAAUAUGAAAUUCAUAAACCUCAAAGAAGACCUAUGUAUUACGGACGACCAUAUCAUGAUCCCACUAGGAAUAAUGUGCUAAAUAAAAGAUUUAAACAUCCUUGGAAUCAAUACGCGAAAAUUAGACCAGCUCACUACCGCCCAUUACAUAACCACAUUCGAAAUUUACGAGAACAGCAUGCAAUGAAAUAUGACGAUGAACGAAACGAAUAUCCUCAAGUAGUAACGUCUUCAAAUGUUGCCGAGCCUCAAGAUGGUUAUGAUAUAUAUGAAAAGGGUAAAAACAAAUAUGAACGAUUAAGGAACAAUCUUGAUGAAUCUGUUAACAAUAUUGCGCAACAAAAUCGACCAGCAAACUAUCAAAAAUUAGAACUACAGAAACAGGAACCUGCAGACGAAAAAGAGGAUGAAGAAGAUGAGUUUAUUCCUGUAAAAAACUAUGCUCAAGUCAGAAAAACAGAAACUUAUAAGCACUUGCCCAAAAAAGCUGCUUUUGAUGAUGCGGAGACCUACGAAGAAAUCCUGAAUGCACCACGACUAAGAGAGGCAGUAAAGAGUACAAAAGCGCAAACCGUCUAUAGCGAAGAAGGCUACGAAGACGCCGCUUAUGAUCAUGCUGGAGAACAAAAACAUGCUUCUGACCACGAAGGCCAUGGCGGUUUUCUCAAAGAGCAUGAAAAUAGUGGUGGUUUAUACAAAAUUCCCACUUUCAGUGGUAAAUAUACUGACGGUCGAGGUUUAGAGUAUAAAGACAACUUAGAACAUGGCGAAAAAUGGAAAAAUAAUAACAAAGAUGAAGAAGAAGAGACAGAUGCCGAAGUUUAUUCUGAAGAUGAACACGAAGAGAAUAUUGAAGCAAACAUUGAAAAAGAAGAUGACCCUGAAAUUGCAAAUAGAAGCAAAAGGCAACAUUUGUUGAACAAUAACUCUGAAGAUAGUGAAAAUAAGAGUGUAGAUAAUAUUGAUCAAAUCGAAUACGAUGAUGAUGCGAACGAAAAUGAUGGUAAUGAUAAUAACAGUAACAAUCAAGAGAUCAUAACAAACUCGGAACAUGGAGUUGGUAAGAGGGAAGUGAAUUUUGAAGUACCUGAAAUCAAUAUUACAUCAACAUUGGCUAUACCAAGCAAUGAUCUAAAACUUGAAAAACUUAUAGCGAAACCUAAAACAGAUAACGUUAAAGACAAAUAUCCAUAUUACUUUAAUCGAAUAAAAGGUAUUAAUAAAAAUUCACCUUUGAGAUAUGCUGAAAAUCUCAAAUUGAUACCGAGAAAAUCAAAUGGUGGAACUGAAUUUUAUGACUCUCGGUCUCAAUUUGAAUGCUCUGAAGUAGAUGAAGAAGUGGAUCCAAUUCCUGAAAAACUGAAAAAUGGAGAAAAUCCUACCAAUUCAGAAGAAGAUGAAGAAUCUAACGCUAAGAAAAGAUUCGAAACAGUAAAAAAACAGCCACGUCUAAAUGGUCUUGGAGAUAAAAUUGAUUGCUUUAAAGCAAAAUAUUUUGGAGAAAAUCCACUAGAUAGCCCAUUUUUUAAGGAAGAAAUAAUAUUAAAUCCUGAACCUAUUAUAGCACCAAAACUUUCCACAUAUAAGCUCAAAGGAGAAGAUUCACUGAAAACAAAAUUAAAUGACAUUGCUGAUUCAAGGGACAAAUUAAGGGAGGCUGAAAAUACUAAUGUAUUUAUUCUUAUAGAUAAACUUAAAGCUGAUCAGAAAAACUUACAAGAGUCUUUAAAUAAAUCAGCAGAUAAUUUAUUAACCAAUUUUUAUACGCCAAACAACAGUACCCAAGGCAAACUUGUGUAUACUGAUAUUUUAAACAAUAUUAAAAGUACUGCUUCGAUACCUUUAAAAACAAUUGCAAGCGGAUCAUUAAAUAGUAACAACUCAAACGAUACAACUAAAACGUAUCAUUUUUUUAAUAACAAAGAAUCAGUGACUUUGGUCCCCAUUAAAUUAAGAAGAAAAAGGGCAACACCUUUUGUAUAUGAACCAUAUAAAAUUAUACGGGAUAGUCAAGUACAAGAUUCAAAGAAAACUACAACAACCAGUAAUAUCAGUCCAUUAAUCAAACAGUUACAGUCAAGUAGAGUAGCGGAAAGGGUUUCUAGAUCCAACAUAGAAGAUAGACAACCAAAAAAAACCUACGUUGAUAUUGGGAGAAAAGAUAGAACUAAACCGAUUAAAAAUGAUAGUGAAAAUCUAGAAGCAAAGUUCGUUGAUGUCAGUGUAGAUCAACGUCGAGGAGAACCAAGGUAUGAAAUUAGACCAACUAAUCAUAAAUCAGAAUAUACACCAGUUGAAAAUAAACGAGCGAUGACAGUUGAUGCGUAUAAGUCACACACAACUACUGAAAGGAAUAUUAAAGACUCUCUAAAAGUAAAUCGAGGCCGUCAACGUUUUGGAGGUGCACAAACUAGUGCAAAGUCGUAUUAUGAUGUUGGACAAUUUCUUCCCAAAUCUGCUGAUAUUCAAAAUGCUGCUGCUUCAAAUACUAUAAAAAAAACAAGUACAGCACCUACCGAAACAAGCAAAUCUAAAGAAGAUUAUGAAAAUGACCCAAAUGCCGAGGAUGAAAAACCAUCUAAAACGACCACCACCACAGUAAGACCUUCAUUCCGGAGAAGAAUAAAAGUUGAAAAAGCUAAUCAGAAAAGUACAACUGAAGAACCAGAGCAUUCCACGGAAAUGCAACGUCUUAAAUUAGUAACACGAUUUCGCAACUAUAAGCCAGCAGAGGAAAAGACAGAAAUGAAAGAACGUACCACAACAAAAAUCAAUGAUAAUGAUGACGACACCGUAGUACCAAAAUAUAGAGAAAAGAAGAAAAAAUCACAUGCUAGAACUAUAGUCACAGAUAUUAAAAAAUAUGGCGACGAUGACGAAGAAGACAUGAAAAAAGAAGAAGUGGAUGCAUUAAUUGGAGUGAAGACUAAUAUGGAUGAUUAUAUGCCAAUGUAUGAAAAAGAAGAGGAGGACAAAAUAGAACAUCAUCGAUCCAAUUAUGACGAUGAUGAUGAUGAUGAUAAAAAAAAAGAUAAAGAUGACGACGAUGAUGAAGACGAUGAUGAUGAUGAUGAUGAUGAAGAAGAUGACGACGACGACGAUGAAGAAGAAGAUGACGCUGAAGACCAAAAGGUUGCUUCUGAAGAAGUACAGGAAAAAAUUCCACAAUUGUCUGAAGUUGCUACAACACAUCCAAUCAAACACACGCUAGUUAGAACAACAGCAGCUCCUCCAGUUACUGUUCCAAUACGUAUUCGCUCCACUACGCCACUACCUGUUCGAAAUGUUAGGAUUGUACACAAACCAGUCGUUACGAGGAAAAAGAUUGAAAUCCACAAAGAAACCCCAGCUAACACAUCAUCUCCACACAUGACGCAGUUUAAGCAAGAUAUUAAAGAAGUUGAAAUCAUUAAAGAAAUACCAGCGGUACCUAAAAAGAAACAGCUCAUUAAAAGUCCAGCGUUAGAACUAUAUAAAGAGGAUGGCUUAGCAAAGGCAAUUAAUGAUCUUAGUGACGUGGAAUUAUUCUCAGAAAAACUAGAUAUUGAUAAGGGUCCAAAACAUGGUGGAAAUUAUCGAAAAGCUACGAAAGAAGAUCUAAGACUACUACAAUUUCCAGCAGAUAUAAACCACCCCAAAGAUGCCGAAACUUCCCAGAGUAAAAGUUCAAAACACAUUGAAUUAGAUGAUUAUGUACCUAAAAGUUUACAUGGAGGUAACCUGAAAGCAAAGAGUGAUAUAGAGGUAACAAGUGAUAGGAGUCGAAGCGCUAAAAUUAUUGAAUUGAGUGAACCUUCAAUACAAUCAAUGCACGGUGGCAACCUUAAAUACGAUAAAACAAGAAAGGGUGACAGAAGAAAUCAGAAACUAGUUGAAUUCGAUUAUGCAUCUGAAGAAGAGCAUAUAGAUGAUGACGACCACUCCCAGCCUUCUCUAGAUGAGAAAAUGCAUGGUGGUAACUACAAAAGUGCAAAAUUAGUAACUCCACAAAAUAAUGAUUUUGACGAUAUUCAAGUAAAAAGCACAACCCAUAAUGCUAGAUUAAAUUCUGCCGUCCUUCUAAACAGCUUUGCUCAAGCCGUCCCCAUACUGACCACAACCCCAGGGUACAUCGUAGAUCCUAGCAAACGAAUGUAUUAUUAUGUUGAUGCUUGAACAGUGUAAAAAUAUAAUUUUCCAUGAAUUCAAUUAUUUUACAAUUCAUUAAAAAUGUAGUUUUGUCUCUAAACUAUUUUUUUACUUCGCCUAUAGAGGUACUUCUGAUGAGAUGCGGUACCGAAGUGAUUCAGGCUAUGUUAUUUGUACAAAAGUUAUGUAUAUUG